GCCACGAAGACCGUCACUCACGAGCUGAACGGCCAGUCGUUGUCACCGAAUUUGGACGAAAAUCAGUUGAUUUCGAGGCGAAAGUCGAAUCGCAUAUCGAAACCAAUCCAACGAUCGCUGGAGUCGUCGACGACCGCAAACUCGCCAAACGUGUCGCUCAAGAAGACAAUUGUUAAACAAAACUUAUUGCAAAAUAAUGUCACGAAUUGCGAGACCGAGAAAGCGAUGGUCAACCGGACGGCCAAACCGGACGACUCUAAUGCCAAGAGCUCUAAGGGAGGGAAGUCUUUGCGAAAGCUUCAGAUGUGGACCAAUGAGGACACCAAAUGCUUCUUUGAGGCCAUUUGUGAACACGGGAAGGACUUUCCACGCAUUCAGUCGUAUAUGACUCAGAGGUGCGAGAAGAAGGGUAUACCUCAGGAUCAGAUCAAGAACUACGAGCAGAUCCGACAUUAUUACUACCGAAUGUGGCAUAAGAUCGCAAACUCUAUGGAACCCAAUGAGGUUGUGGACAAAAAUAUUCAAGAGAUUUAUGGACUCAUUAAUUACGGCGAGAUUUGGAAGAAGUUUGGCACUAAAUUUGAUAACAAAUUAAGCUUUUCUUUGCAACAAUUGGUUAAUUUUGGUCAUACGACAUUCAAAGUAAAAAAAGGCAGAAUUCGCGUCAAAACUCCCAUUUGUAACGCAUUGAAGAAAAUUCAUAAAAUCAAAGUCGCUGAGAAUGUCGACCAGAAUCUACUGAAUUUGCCGAAAGAGGUGUGCAUUGAGUUGCAUCCGGCGAACAACGAGUCGUGGCUGAGAGUGCACUCCCUGUCCCAGAAUCCCAGAGUCAGAACCAAAAUGUCUUUACAAAAGCGUUUGUCGUGUUUAGUCGAGUAUCUGGAGAAACGCUGGAAUCAGUCGCGC